AUGGGUUCCCAAGUGAAGGCAGAGCGCGGCAUCCGCAUCGCCAUCGAUCGCGGUGGCACCUUCACCGACUGCGUCGGCAACCCCGGCUCCGGCAAGAUGGAGGACGAUGUCAUCAUCAAGCUGCUCUCCGUCGAUCCCCAGAACUACGAUGACGCCCCGCUGGAAGGCAUCCGCCGCCUGCUGGAAAAGUUCACCGGCCACGACAUUCCGCGCGGUCAGCCGCUCGACACCUCCAACAUCGAGAGCAUACGCAUGGGCACCACCGUAGCCACAAAUGCCCUCCUGGAACGCAAGGGCGAGGACAUCGCCAUGGUUGUCACCAAGGGCUUCAAGGACUGCCUGGAAAUCGGCAACCAGUCACGACCCAACAUCUUCGACCUGGACAUCCGGAAACCAGAGGUGCUCUACAAGCGCGUCGUCGAGAUUGACGAGCGAGUCACCCUCGAAGACUACGCCGAAGACCCCGAAAGGACAGAGACAAAGGCCGACCCGCUCGACAAGGCUGGCCCCACCCCUGACCUCGUGCGCGGCCUUUCCGGAGAGGCCGUGAGGAUAUUGCAGAGGCCUGAAGAAGAGAGCAUCCGGAAACAGCUGCAGGAAGUCUACGACUCCGGCCUGCGGAGCAUCGCUGUCUGCCUCAUGCACGGCUACACCUACCCGCACCACGAGGCCCUUGUCGGUAGGAUAGCAAAGGAAAUCGGCUUUGAACACGUGAGCCUGAGCCACGAGCUGAUGCCCAUGAUCAAGCUUGUUCCCCGUGCCACCUCUGCCUGCGCCGACGCCUACCUCACUCCUGCCAUCAGGAAGUACAUUGACGGCUUCUCCAGCGGCUUCGCCGGCGGCCUCGGCUCGGAAAGUGUCAAGAAGGAGGCCGGCGACAAGGGCGCACGCUGCGAGUUCAUGCAGAGCGAUGGCGGUCUCGUCGACGUAGACAUCUUCUCCGGCCUUCGUGCCAUCCUCUCUGGUCCCGCCGGUGGCGUCGUAGGAUACGCCCUCACUUCGUAUGAUGCGAAGACGAAGAUCCCCGUCAUCGGUUUUGACAUGGGCGGUACCAGCACCGACGUCAGCCGUUAUGGUGCCGGCAAGUACGAUCAUGUCUUCGAGACGACGACAGCCGGUGUCACCAUCCAGUCACCUCAGCUCGACAUCAACACGGUUGCAGCAGGAGGUGGCAGCCGUCUGUUUUUCAAAAACGGCCUGUUCGUCGUCGGCCCCGAGUCUGCGAGCGCCCACCCUGGCCCCGCAUGCUACCGCAAGGGCGGACCUCUUACAAUCACCGACGCCAACCUCUUCCUCGGCCGACUCUUGCCUGACUUUUUCCCCAAAAUCUUCGGCAAGAAUGAGGACGAACCACUCGAUGCCGAGGCCAGCAAGAAGCUCUUUGAAGAAUUGGCCGAGAAGAUCAACAACGAAGUUGCUGGCGGUAACAAGGACAAGGCCAUGUCCAUGGACGAAGUUGCCUACGGUUUCAUCAAGAUUGCCAACGAGACCAUGACAAGACCCAUUCGUUCUUUGACCGAGGCCAGAGGUCACGACACUUCGAAGCAUCGGCUGGCUACCUUUGGUGGCGCCGGCGGCCAGCACGCCGUCGCCAUCGCCCAAGCUCUCGGAAUCUCCCAGAUCCUCGUCCAUCGCUACUCCUCCGUCCUCUCUGCCUACGGUAUGGCCCUGGCCGAUGUCGUCGACGAGAGGCAGGAGCCGGAGUCAAAGGUCUGGUCUGACGACAACGAAGAGACCAAGAAGUACCUGCAGCAGAAGAUGCAGGACCUGAAGACAAAGUCAACCGCAACACUCAAGGACCAAGGCUUCUCCGAAAAACAGAUCUACUUCGAGGAGUACUUGAACAUGCGCUACCGUGGCACCGAGUCCGCUCUCAUGGUUAUCAAGCCGACCAAGGAGGAGGCUGACAAAGACUAUGGCGGCGAAGAAUGGUCGUUCGGCAAGGCUUUCAUCAAGCAGCAUGAGCAGGAGUUCGGCUUCACUCUCCCUGACCGCGACAUCAUCGUCGAUGAUGUUCGUGCAAGAGGAAUCGGAAAGACUUUCGAGGGGUUGGAAAAGACCGUCGACGAUCAACUGCAGGAGAUCAAGCCCAAUGACCUUUCCAAGGGUGCGAAGCAGUAUGGCACCGGUUCAGUCUACUUCGAGGGCGGCAGGCAGGAAACCCCGAUUUACAAGCUGGAAGAUCUUGCUACCGGCGAUCGUCUGCAAGGGCCUGCCAUCAUUGCCGACGGCACGCAAACCAUCGUCGUCACGCCCGACGCCUCGGCUCUCCUCAUCAACACUCAUGUUGUCAUCAACAUUGGAGAGACCAGCAGUCAGGAGAACAAGAUCAACACGAAGCAGGUCGAUCCCAUCAUGCUUAGUAUCUUCGCGCACCGCUUCAUGGCCAUCGCCGAGCAGAUGGGUAGGGCGCUGCAGAAGACCAGCGUGAGCACAAACGUCAAAGAGCGUCUCGACUACUCCUGCGCUCUGUUCGAUGCCGAAGGUGGGCUUGUGGCGAACGCACCGCAUCUUCCUGUCCACCUCGGCUCCAUGUCCACUUGUGUGCGAAAACAGGCGAGCAUCUGGAAGGGGAAGCUGAAGCGUGGUGAUGUCCUCGUCUCCAACCACCCCAUGUUCGGCGGAACUCAUCUUCCUGACAUCACUGUCAUCACGCCUGCAUUCAGUGGAGACAAGAUUGUCUUCUACGUGGCAUCUCGCGCUCACCACGCCGACAUUGGUGGGAUACUCCCCGGAUCGAUGCCCCCUCAUUCGCGGGAACUCUUCCAAGAAGGCGCCGCAAUCAAGACGGAGAAGCUGGUCUCGGAAGGCCACUUCAACGAGAAGCGUAUUACCGAACUCUUGCACAAGGAGCCAGCCCAGUAUCCCGGCUGCAGUGGCACCAGGUGUCUGGCUGACAACAUCAACGACUUGAAGGCUCAGGUUGCUGCCAACCAGAAGGGUAUCAACCUCAUCAGCACGCUGAUUGAAGACUACGGAGAAGAUGUUGUUCAGUUCUACAUGCACAGCAUUCAGAACAACGCCGAGCAGAGCGUCAGGCACUUGCUCAAGGAAGUCAGCAAACGCUUCGAAGGCCAAGACCUUUCUGCGGUAGAUUACAUGGACGACGGUAGCCCGAUCCAGCUGAAGGUCACGAUUGAUGCCGAGAAGGGAGAGGCUGUUUUUGAUUUUGAGGGGACCGGUCCCGAGGUCUAUGGCAACAUCAACGCACCGGAAGCCGUGACAUACUCGGCAAUCAUCUACUGCCUUCGAUGCCUGAUCAAGGAAGACAUCCCCCUCAACCAAGGAUGCCUGAAACCGAUCAAGGUCAAGAUUCCGAAGAAAUCCUUCCUCUCACCAUCAGACAAGGCCGCCGUUGUGGGAGGCAACGUGCUCACAAGCCAACGCGUCACCGACGUCGUGCUCAAAGCCUUCCGCGCCUGCGCCGCCUCGCAAGGCGACUGCAACAACCUCACCUUCGGCUACGGCGGCAACGUCGCCGGCCAGGCGGAACAAAAGGGCUUCGGCUACUACGAAACCAUCGCCGGCGGGUCCGGCGCGGGCCCGACGUGGAACGGCUCGUCGGGGGUGCACACGCACAUGACCAACACGCGCAUCACCGACGCCGAGGUCUUCGAGCGCCGCUACCCCGUCAUCCUGCGCGAGUUCGGUAUCCGCGCGGGCAGCGGCGGCGACGGCCAGCACCGCGGCGGCGACGGUGUCGUGCGGGACAUCGAGUUCAGGAUCCCGGUCCAGGUCAGCAUCCUGUCGGAGCGCCGCGUCUAUCACCCGUACGGCCUCGAGGGCGGCGAGGACGCGAAGUGCGGGUUGAACGUGUGGGUGAGGCACGUGGGCCGGUCGGACGAGAAUGCGGAUGCGGUCACGGCGACGAAUGGGAACGGGAAUGGCAACGGGGAGGCCGAAAGGGAGAGCGAGUGGCGCUUCGUCAACCUCGGCGCCAAGAAUACGGCGAGCAUGCAGCCCGGCGAGCGCAUCAUCAUCAACACCCCCGGAGGCGGCGGGUGGGGCAGGGCGGGCGAGGAGAGCAGGGUUGUGAGGCGGACGGAUCAUAGGGAGGCGUGGAGGAAGGGAAGUGUGGCGGCGAGGGCGGAGACAGCGGAGUCGUCGCAGUAG